GUUUUUUGGUGCGACGCAGGCAGGGUGGUGAGACUGGUGAAACAGAAGGGUCAUUGUCUGUUCUUUUGAGUUUUGAUGUUGAGUCUUUGCCUGACAGUGAUGUAAGGAUAUGUAAGUUAUCCUGUACAAGCUUUUGUGCCAAAUACAUUACGUUGUUACAGAUGUCAAGCUUAUGGGCAUGUGGCAGCAGCGUGUAGGAGGGAGGUUCCUAGGUAUGAGAAGUGUGCAGAUGGGCAUGAGAUAAAGGAAUGUGUAUCAUUGGGGAAAGUAGUGGUAUGUGUUAAUUGUAGGGGUGCCGAUGUGGCCAGGGGAUCUGAAAUGUCCCGUGCGAGAGAGGCAGGUUGAGGUUUUGAGAGUAAUGAGGUUUUGAGAGUAAUGCAGAAGUUGUCAUAUGCUGAGGCAGUGAAGAAAGUAGAGGAAGAUGGAUCAAGGGGGAGGGAUCCUGAGAGGAGUGGUAUGAGUAGUAGAUCUGUACCAGUACAGAGGGAUAGGCCAACAAGUGAUAUGUUUCAGUACGAUUGGAUUUUUAGAAUUUAUAGCAAUGCUUAUCAACUGUACAGCAGGGAUGGAACGUAGGUUGCAGAAAAUUGAGGUUCUGGCGGCAACUGCAGAGAGGUAUUUUGGUGUGCGAGACUUGACAUCAGAAGAGUUAUAGGGUGUAUGAGGUGGUGGUGUCCCAUCCUUUCAGGUUGUUUGUCUGAGGUAGGACUAAAUAGAUUUAAAUAGUGUAGUAGGGUGGUUUUAUUUUUAUAAAAAACUUUUUUAUUUGUGAGUGUAGUGUUAGAAUAGGUAGGGUAUUUAUUUAUUUUUUCAAGCAAAGAAUAAUGGAGUUGUUCUCCAUUCUAGUUGUUAGCGGUAAUGCAACAUAUUGGGUGCCAACCGCUUUUAAACAUAAUCGAAGAAGAAGAACCCAGCUACCAGUUUUUCAACCAGUCGUUCAACGAAGCCCAGGUGUCUAAUUCCGUAUGAAAAGUAAACAGUCUAUGUCUUUGAUACCUUGAAGUGGCUCUGGCUAUUAGUUCAAUUAUUAAACGAGUUCAACUAGAGACAAAUUAAUGUCACAAAGAAAUGUAUAGGUCUAUCUGUGGCAGUAUUAUAGUUGCCAACUACCGUGCAAAGAGCAACAAAUUAUGCGUGAAUGCCAUAGCAAUUGUUUCUCUUUUGGAUGUCGGCAUGACAUUACCUUUUUAUUUCUCCUUUGCAUGGUGGCAUGACAUUACCUUUUUAUUUCUCCUUUGCAUGGUGGCAUGACGUUACCUUUUUAUUUCUCCUUUGCAUGGUGGCAUGACAUUACCUUUUUAUUUCUCUUUUGCAUGGUGGCAUGACAUUACCUUUUUAUUUCUCCUUUGCAUGGUGGCAUGACAUUACCUUUUUAUUUCUCUUUUGCAUGGGGGCAUGACAUUACCUUUUUAUUUCUCCUUUGCAUGGUGGCAUGACAUUACCUUUUUAUUUCUCUUUUGCAUGGUGGCAUGGCCUUUUUAUUGUAAACAUUAGCAACUGAGUACAUCAGUUUUUGGAGAGGACAUGUGCAUUUUAUCGCCAGGAAAUAAUUAUUUAAUCAGCACCAUCUAGUGGUAAAUAGAAAGUACGGCAUCCGUGGUCUGUCGCUUUGCAUUGACGUAGAACACAUUCGUUUUCCAGCAUGGCGACAUCCAUAGUGUAAAGCAACAGGCAAAGACCGAAACGGUAAUUUAAUGACAUUUAAAAAAAAUAGGUGAUCUAUGUACAACGUCUUCUGUAAGCUAUCUGCCAUUACCUCAUUAAAUGAAAACGCGCUGUCAAUUUUGUUCAUGAUUCUUGAUGUAAAUAGUAUAGUAUAGUAUACUGUAUAUUUAUAAUUACUCUCGUCUCUGCCUUCUCUCAUUUGUGAAGGACCGGACUUUUCAAAUGUGGGUUAUUAUUCUCCAUCAAAGUUCGUUGUGAAAUCGAGUCACUGUCAUCAUCAUAUGUCACUUGUCAAGUGUCACUUAGUGAUUUGAAAAAGCAUUGAACACUGAAUGCAACAUGUGGGUGUCAUGAAAACACUGUCUACAUGGUACCAAUUCAGCACACACAGCUUUACUCCACUUCGCACAGAUGUCUGUUGGAUUUCAGUUAGGUGGGUCUCUUUUCACACAAAGACUGGUGCGGAUAUGUGUCACCUGCAUUGGCCAGCAGGGAUACAGGCAGCUCCUUCCCAAAAGUCGACUCCCUACAUGUACACUGUACACAAGGAGCUUUGGGACUGAUCCUAAGGGGGAGAAAGGGGAAAAUGAGAACGGGAGCAAAACAACAGACAACCUUGACCCCUCACCCCCAACUCUAACCCCUAUGCACACCCAGGGAAGAGGUUUGUUUGGUAAAAGGCGACCACUCUCACCCUUGGAGAGGAUUAGCCGCCUUUUGCCUCAGGACUCACUAGCCCCAGAAUUGUUGGCGCUGAGAGAGGAGGAGAACCCGGAAGUGGAACAGAGGAAACCUGAUAGGGUUGGGGUUCAAAAAGACCACUACACUUCAGCAGCCUCUGUGACUGAGACUAAGACCCACAGCUCACAAGGAGAAGUAGAAAGUGCAGAACCACAGGUGCACAUAGGACAUGACACAGUUAGACCGAGAGAAGAAAAAGAGGAGGGUACUGUCAUUGAUGACACAGUACUAGAGCCAAAUGGUUGCCCGAUUCUCAGAGAGGUAACAAAUUCUUCACAAGAGGAGGGAUACGUGACUCCUAUGACUCCCACCCUUCUUCCCGGGGAGCAUUUACUCACUUUUGGGGAACUACUGUUGGCGGAGUACCGGAAGAAGGGCCGCGUGGAGUUUAGGAAGAUGUUUCAGCUGCAGGAUGGGCAACGUCUCCAGAGCAGUUGGGGCACCAUCGGACACAGUGACAUCGUCGGCCGCCACGCAGGAGACUUCAUUCGGACCAUCCACGGGACACCCAUCCUUAUACGGCGGCCCAACCUGGAGGAAUACGUGCUUUAUAUGAAGAGGGGGCCGGCAAUCGCCUAUCCAAAGGAUGCCAGUAUGAUGCUGAUGAUGAUGGACGUCACAGAGGGAGACUGUGUGUUGGAGUCAGGCUCCGGGUCAGGGGCCAUGUCGCUUUUCCUGUCCCGAGCUGUGGGCUCCAAGGGCAGUGUUAUGAGUGUGGAAAUCAGGGAGGACCACCACAGACGAGCCGUGCUCAACUACAACCGCUGGUGUUCGUCCUGGAUCCUGCGGCGAGGAGAGGAAUGGCCCGACAACGUCCAGUUUCAUAACUCUGACCUGCAGGGGGCAUCCUUGCUCCUCGCCGGGCGAGGGUUUCACUCUAUUGCUCUGGAUAUGAUAAACCCUCAAUUGGUUUUGCCCACUGUGACUCCACAUCUCCAUCCUGGAGCAGUUUGUGCUGUCUACCUAGCCAAUAUAACGCAGGUCAUUGAUCUACUGGAGGGCCUCCGAUGCUCUGCCCUCCCCCUGCUGUGUGAACGCAUCAUCGAAGUGCAGCUCAGGGAUUGGCUGUUGGCUCCGGCAAUCCAGAAAGAUGGGCGGUUCUGCCGCAGGAAAGCUCCUCCCUCAGCGAGAAACCAGGAGGAAGGGGAGAAUAACAAGUCGGAUGAAGAAAAAGAAUACACAAGCAGUCCGGAACCCGCACCAUAUGGGAGUGUCCCUUACAUUGCUCGACCUCACCCGGAGCAAGCUAGCCACACAGCAUUCCUGGUGAAACUGAGGAAGAGUCAGGGGUAACUAGCCUCCGAAGACCCAUCAGAAGAGCGAUUGGGUGUAUUAUAUUCAUAAAUGUGAUUUGGUAAUGCAGAGAAAUGUAGUUGCCCUAUAAAUCAGUCUAGAAAUUGAAAUUCAUACUGUUUGACAACACGCCAAAUAUAAAGACUCAAUAAAACACCAAACUAAGGGGGA